AUGCCACUAUCGGAAAGUAUAAAACUACAAGAAAAACAAAAGCGGAUUGAAGAGGAAAUUAGGUUCAAACAGUUAACUGAACAAUUUGAAAAGAUGACGGUCAAAAACGAUGUGGGCAGUUUUACACAAUAUCGCACCACAGGUGAUGGUGAACUUGAGGAAAUAGUUUCCGAUGAGGAUUCGCAUUAUUCGGAAGAAGAAGAUCAAUACUAUUAA